AUGGGUUUACGAUCAGCUCUUACUGCAUCUUUGCUGCUCGCUAGCAAUGUUGCCGCCAUAGACCCUAUCAUCAUGAAGGGGAGCAAAUUCUUCACCAAGAAGGGCGACCAGUUUUUUAUCAAGGGUGUUGCCUACCAACAGGAGGCUGGCGGUGGGCCUGGUGGCAGUACGGAUUCCAAGAACAAGUACGUAGAUCCUCUCGCCGACGAGAAGACCUGCGAGCGUGACAUUCCGCUGCUCGAGAAGUUGGGUGUGAAUACUAUUCGAACAUACGCCAUCGACCCCAAGGCGGAUCACAGCGCAUGUAUGUCUCUUCUCGAAAAGGCUGGCAUCUACGUUGUCGCCGAUUUGGGUGAGCCGGCUCUGUCGAUCAACCGUGAUUCCCCCGCCUGGAACGUCGAGCUGUUCGAGCGCUACAAGGGCGUUGUCGACAACCUUGGAAAGUAUGACAACGUUAUUGGGUUCUUCUCCGGUAACGAAGUUACCAACAACAACACGAACACCGAUGCCUCGGCCUACGUCAAGGCUGCUACCCGAGAUGUGAAGAAGUACAUCUCUGACAAGAUGGCUAAAGGUGGACGAUGGAUGGGUGUUGGCUAUGCCGCGAACGACGACGCCGACAUCCGCGCUAACAUGGCCCAAUACUUCAACUGCGGUGACCAGGAGAGUGCCAUCGACUUCUGGGGUUACAACAUCUAUUCUUGGUGCGGUAAGAGCAGCUUCACCGAGUCCGGUUACGACGUCCAGGUCAAGUUCUUCUCCAACUUCUCUGUCCCCGUCUUUUUCGCCGAGUAUGGUUGCAACACUGUCGGUGGUGCUGAAGGCCGUCUUUGGGAUGAUACCACCGCCAUCUACUCCGACCAGAUGACUGGCGUCUUUAGCGGUGGUAUUGUCUAUAUGUUCCACGAGGAGGAGAACGACUAUGGCUUGGUCAAGGUUAAGGGUGACACUGCGACUCCCAUGAAGAACUACAAGGUUCUUCAGUCUAAGCUUGCCGAUGUCAAGCCUUCGUCCACGUCUAUGGCUUCCUACAACCCUACCAACUCCCCCGCUGCCUGCCCGGCUAUCUCUAAGAACUGGAAGGCUGCCGAGGCUCUUCCUCCUACUCCCGACAGCAGCCUCUGCGACUGCAUGUACAAGUCUCUGUCUUGCGUGCCCUCCGAUGACCUUGACGAGAAGGAUUACGGCGACAUCUUCGGCUACAUCUGCGCAAAUGACAAGACUGCCUGUGCUGGUAUCAAGCACGACACUGAGGCUGGUGUCUACGGUCCUUACGGCAUGUGCAAUGCCAAGGAGCAACUUGGACACGUCCUCAACGCCUACUAUACCAACCAGAACAGCGCUUCCAGCGCUUGCAAAUUCAACGGUGCCGCCAAGGUUGUCAGUGGUACUACGGAUUCGAAGUGCGAGUCGUCUUUGGCCAAGGCCAGCUCCGCCAUUGCUGUUGCGGCUACCGCCACCGCGGGCUCAGCAAGCAGCUCUUCUACCGGCGAAACCACGGAGAACGCUGCCGCUCCUGGGUCUGUCCGUAUGACCCCUCUGAUGACUAUUGGUGACAUGGUCGUCAGCCUCUAUGUGUUGGUGGCCAUGGGCGUUGGUGCUGGUAUGGUUAUGCUAUAG